AAUUCGAUCUCAUGGAGUAUCAGGGAAAUAAUAAGCUGCAAACGGCGGUUCCGCAACGAAAGGUUUACGAUGUGAACUCCGUUGAUAACAUGCUGGAAGAUUUUAACAUGCAGGUGACCCCUACAAAAUUUGUCGUCGAAGGGGAAAAUUUCAAAACCAGUCCUGCAAAAUCGACUUUCCAUGAUAGACAAAAUAGAGGAAAAACGCUCGUGACUUUGAACCCUAAUUUAGGCCUAUCGGACAACAUUGGGGUAGCGAACAGUCCAUGCGUCGUUACGAUACUACCUAAGCAACAAUUGGAGACUUAUCGGUACAUGCACCAAACAUUAAACGAGAAAUAUGAAGUUUUAAUCGAACGGAUGGAAAACCUUGCGGAGGUCAUAGCCAAGCAUUAUGAGAUCGAGAUAACUGACCCUUCAUCGCUAAAUCAAAGUGAAACAUCUACGGUGGGUAGAAUAUGCUGCGAUUCGGAAGGAAAACUGAAUCAAGAAUCGGUAACGCUAGAAUCAUUACCAUAUUUUGGUGGGAAAAAGGUAAAACUAGCGAUAAAUAAUCUUUCAUCGUAUGCGCUGUUCCCAGGACAGAUCGUGGGAAUUCAAGGAAUAAACAAUUUUGGAUCAGAACUAAAUGUGACUAAAAUUCUAGAGAUACCAUUGUUACCGAUGUGCCGCACUCCAUCUGACACAAUAAUGGAUUACUACGGUCCAUCAAAAUUAAACGGAAGACCAUUGAAUGUGGUAAUUUCAUCAGGUCCAUAUAUGUUAGACAUUGAAUUUAAACUUGAACCGCUGCGUGAACUUCUAAACAAAAUGUCAGCGGAAAAACCAGAUGUGUUGAUCUUGAUGGGACCAUUUGUCGAUGAAGAUCAUCCCUUAAUCCAAGCCGGUGAGGUGAAUAUAACUCCAGGCGAAAUUUUUUCAAGAAAAAUAGCCCCUAUGCUCUUGGCAUUCGUCCGAAAGUCGCCAAAUGUAAAGUUGAUUAUGAUUCCCAGCGUAAAAGAUAUAUGUCAUGAUCAUAUUGCUUUCCCACAACCACCUUGGGACAAAUCAGGAAUUCCCGAGAGUAUAAUAUGUCUUCCUAAUCCCGUUCAAUUUAAAGUAAAUGAGGUCGUAUUUGCUAUCGGUAAUGUCGAUAUAUUAUGUCAUCUGUUUCAAGAAGAAACCGAAAGUCUAUAUCCACUAUUCCCGCCAUCAAUGGGAGUGAAUUUGGAUCUAAAACAUUCAUCCAGUCUCGAUUUGAUCUAUACGCCGGAUGUGCUCGUACUACCCUCGAAACUAAAAUAUUUCGCAAAGGUCCUCGACAAUGUGAUCUGCGUCAAUCCUGGAUACCUGGCGAAAGGGUCUAAUACAUAUGCCAAGAUGGUAAUACAUCCAUUUCCUCCAAAUCUUGCAAGCGAGGCAGAAGUGGAGCAUUUCGUUUAUCAAAGAACACGUGUAGAUAUUGUCAGAAUCUAA